UCCCAGCGCCGCUCGGAGCUAGCCGGCAGCGCCGUGGCGGAGGGAUACGGAGCGCCGUAUAUAUACCGCCGGGCGCAGCCCCGCACUUCGGCAGUGGUGCUGGGAGCCUCGCGGGCGCGGCGCCGUUACUCACAGUAGGGCGGCGGCAGCGGCACAGCGCUGAGCGCACAUCGCGCCUUAGCAGCAGCAGCGACAGCAGCGGAGGCACCCCCCGCCGUCACAGCCCCUGCGCUGGUGCAGCCACCCUCGCUCCCUCUGCUCUUCUUCCCUUCGCUCGCACCAUGGCUGAUCAGCUGACCGAAGAACAGAUCGCUGAGUUCAAGGAAGCUUUCUCCCUAUUUGACAAAGAUGGCGACGGCACCAUCACAACAAAGGAACUGGGAACUGUCAUGAGGUCACUGGGUCAGAACCCAACAGAAGCUGAAUUGCAGGAUAUGAUCAACGAGGUGGAUGCUGACGGUAAUGGCACCAUUGACUUCCCGGAAUUCUUGACUAUGAUGGCUAGAAAAAUGAAAGAUACAGACAGCGAAGAAGAAAUUCGCGAGGCAUUCCGAGUCUUUGACAAGGAUGGCAACGGUUACAUCAGUGCGGCAGAGCUUCGUCAUGUCAUGACCAACUUAGGGGAGAAACUAACAGAUGAAGAAGUAGAUGAAAUGAUCAGAGAAGCAGAUAUUGAUGGAGAUGGGCAAGUCAACUAUGAAGAAUUCGUACAGAUGAUGACUGCAAAAUGAAGGCCUACUUUCAACUCCUUUCCCCCCCUUCUAGAAGAAUCAAAUUGAAUCUUUUACUUACCUCUUGCAAAAAAAAAAAAAAGUUCAUUUACUCAUUCUGUUUCUAUAUAGCAAAACUGAAUGUCAAAAGUACCUUCUGUCCACACACACAAAAUCUGCAUGUAUUGGUUGGUGGUCCUGUCCCCUAAAGAUCAAGCUACACAUCAGUUUUACGACAUAAAUACUUGUCCUACCUUAAUGAUAAGGAAGCACCUAGUGGACUCCUCGCAGUUCCAUUUGCUCAUGAUUAAUACACUGGGCUGGCCAGUUUUUCAUGCAUGCAGCUUGACAAUUGAGCACAGUCAGGCAUUUGUAUUAAAAACGAAAAAUGAAAAAAAUUUAAAACUUCUUCAAAUGGGUUCUAGUUCAAUUUGUUAGUAUAAAUUGUCAUAGCUGGUUUACUGAAAACAAACAUUUUAAAUUGGUUUACCUCAGGAUGCUGUGCAGAGAAAUGGGUGAAGGAUAAGCUGUCUAUACGUAGCCCCACUUAGCAGGACGGCCCUCUCGUACUUCUGGGUGCCCCCACCCUUGGUGACCAUGACACUCGUCUGGGUGGCAUGCCACACAUGUUGGUUUAGCGUUGUCCGCGUUGUCCUGGAGUGACAUGGGUGUCAGGCUGUCACCAUUCACACAAAUUAAACAACAACAAAAAACCUUUACCAAGGGAGCAUCUUUGGACUCUCUGUUUUUAAAACCUCCUGAACCAUGACUUGGAGCCAGCAGAGUAGGCUGGGGCUGUGGACUUCAGCACAGGCAUCAACAUUGCUGAUCAAGGAAUUACAAUUUACGUCCAUUCCAAGUUGUAAAUGCUAGUCUUUUUUUUUUUUUUUCCAAUAAAAAAAGACCAUUAACUUAAA